GUGAGUCAUAUAUUUUGUGUUGCCUCCCUAGUUGCUAGCAGUAUGCAUUAGAGGCGUCUACGAGUACGCAUGUAGUAAAUUUAAUGUGUGCGUGUUACGUUUCUGGAUAGACAGCAUAGUUCCGCUUAUCUUUCAACAGCCGAUAAAUUUGUACGCCGUAGGUCGCAAUUAUUACAGUGAUCACUAAUAGUGGUGUACCGCUGCGUUAGUGAGGAGGCGUGACACGGCGGGUGAUUUGACCAGCGACUGCAGAUAUCAGUGGUUGCAGCAGCAGCAGCGGCACCUGGCGGGGAAGACAGACACCAGGAUGAGCACCGUACUCAGUACUAACCUCGCCGCGCUCGACCGGCUCCUGGACGACCUCAACCGCGCCCAGCUGCAAGCCAAAUCUAAAGUGUCGGGAGUGUAUGGCUCGCCUUCGUCCUCCUUCUCCUCGGGGACACCGGACCCGCGUCCGUCCGUAGAGGCGCUCCUGGACGAACUAGAAAGCGCCGUCCCAGAGGAGAGCACCCCAGCGCCCUCUGCAUCGUCUGCGACACAGGAGCUGGACGACCUGAUGGCAUGCCUCUCCGACUUCAAGAUAAAAUCGGUGAGUCCAUCGAAGCCCGAGGCAGAAACGCAAGAACCGGAGGAGCCGGUGCCACAGGAGACGACACAGCAGGAGACAGCGCAAGGGGAAGCAGCGCAGAGUGAGACGCCCGUAGAAAACGGAAUAAAAAACACGGGUGAGGACAGACUGUCUCUCUUGUGUCGAGAUACCGAGAACGCUGUUCACGAGCCACAGUAUGCCCAGCCGCAGAGAAAGCAACGACAACCCCCUCAGGUAGCAUGCGCCGCAGCCCACACCGCCGCCACGAACCCGCUCGCACUCGAUGCUGGGAACACUGCGCGUCAAAACCUAGAGAACCAAGGCGUGAAGACGACGGCCAAGGGCCACUGUGCAGCGUGGCGCAAGGCGAUUGUCGGCCAGGUGGUGACGGCGCUCGGCAGGACGUGGCACGUCGAUCACUUCACGUGCGCCCACUGCAGGGUGCCGCUCGGCAACAGCAGCUUCUACGAGAAGGAGAACCAACCGUACUGCGAGGAGGACUACCACGAGCUGUUCUCGCCCAAGUGCAAGAACUGCGGCAAGGCCAUAACAGAUAGCUGCGUGACGGCGUUGGGGGAGACGUGGCACCCGGAGCAUUUCUGCUGCGCCGAGUGCGGCGGCGAGUUUGGCGACGACGGCUUCCACGAGCGCGACGGUCGGCCGUACUGUCGGCACGACUACUUCGAGCUGUUCGCGGCGAAGUGCGCCUCGUGCAGCGACCCGAUCACAGAGAACUACAUCUCUGCUCUCGGCACGCAGUGGCAUCCCGAUUGCUUCGUCUGCAUGGACUGCCACACGCCAUUUAAUGGUGGUUCAUUCUUCGAUCACGGAGGCAUGCCGUACUGUGAGACGCACUACCACGCCAAGAGAGGCUCGCUAUGCGCGGGCUGUGGCAAGCCCAUUACGGGGCGAUGUAUAACUGCUAUGCAAAAGAAGUUUCAUCCAGAGCACUUUGUGUGCGCAUUCUGUUUGCGCCAGCUGAACAAGGGAACGUUCAAAGAACAAAACGGAAAACCGUACUGUCACACCUGUCACAAUAAGGUAUUCCAGGUGUAGAAGUUACUACUACUUCCACUGCAGCGCUCGUAUCACACGUGCAUUGGAGGACUGACUGAACAAAGAAAGAACUCCGUCAUCCUCAGUUGACCUUAUAUAACUUAUAUAAAGAUAGCUGCGAGGUGUAACAACUCAUAGCUGUACGCGUGCGUUAUUCAAGUACUAUAUAACUGCGUUUUACGUAAUCAGGAUCCCCUUACAGCGAGAAGACGCGGUGUGUGAACGUAAGCCACCCGCGGCCUCUUCUGGUGCUGCUCCUCAUCCACCCACUCACUCCCAUCUCCUCCAUUUCCUCAUAUAUUUUUCUUUUUCUCUUCCUCCCUCUCCCCCUUCUCCUCCUCCUUCUUCUUGUUCUUUUUAUUCCUCUAUAAGUAGUCGGGUAUGCACAGAGUCUGUAACUGCGUCCCUGCAGAGUGUUGUCGUAUGUUGUGCGUUCAUCACACCUUUCGCACAUCGUGUUUUUGGUACGAAAUGCUUUAUAUAUUUACGCACGUCACACUCUAACAUGCCGGUGACAACAUGUGAACGUGCGCGAGCACUGCUGUGCGUAAUAAUUACAAUCGUUUCUGUCUAGCUGAACAAAUAAUUAGUACUUACGCGAAUGUAUAAACGCAAACGUGUUUUACGUUUAUAUCACGAAGGACACAAACGCGAACGGUGACCGCUUGGCCACCACGACGUGUCGUUUAGUGUCGUUGCAAACACCGCGACUUGUCAAGUAUUUUUCGUAAUCGCUCGCAGCCAGUGGGAUGUUAUGGACACAAGUAUUAAGCGCCCUCUACGCACGCGCGAGACUGCAAUGUCUACGGGGUGCAAUUUAAACUCCUUGGCUUCCCAAUAUGGCUCCAUUGGCUUCCCAACAACUCGCCAGGCAAUUUAAAUUUACUGAGCGACGGUGAUGCGUGGAAAGGUUGCGUGCGUGCGCGUGCGUGCGUGUGCGUGCGUGGACAUUUAUCUCACGAGAAUUACUGCAUAAUGAAUAAUGUGAUAUGGAAGUAUUCACAUACAGUGCCGUAUGACACACACGUGACGUUCUGAUGCCAUGAGCUGGAAGCCCAUAACAUUGGGACGCCUUUCAGUUUCCAGAAUUCUAUAUACGGGCCAGUCGCGACGUAUUGGCGUUUCAGCUUUAAAUUAAAUAUAUAGAGUCAUUCGAAAUUCGAACGGGCGGCUACCCCGGUUAGCGAUGCACACUUGAGUUUGCUAGAUGCCCUUCUAAAAUCACCAUCGCGCGAUGUGUGCGUCAUUGCGUGACGCACUCACCACAUGCGAGCUCACGAUACGUUUGUUGCACGGCGUCGCAUAUUUCUGUUCUGUUUACGCUCCUUUCGACGUCGAAGUUGAAGUGGGGGAUCUCCUGGUUGAAGUAGAAGAUGUCGUGAUUGAAGAAACGGGAGACGUCGCUGUUAAAAAGGGCAACACCGGAGUUGUGAAUUGAUUCAAAACAGACGACGCGACGGCAAUAUUAUGGAACAGAAAAAUACAACGCCGUGCGCGAAAAUCCAUAUAUAGAGAAUCAAAUCAAAGUAGCUUACAUCGUGUAAUGACAAUUUACACAUUUAAUUAAUAACAAAUUGAUGCACGCUACUAUGCUAUUCUACUAGUGUGCAGCUGUAGGUUAUUCUACCUCACAAAUUUCAAAAUAUGAAUGGAGAUUUUCGGCAACCUUCAAGAUUCGAAGCAAACCUGUUAGCGAACGCCUAGCUUGUGUGCCGGACUCGUGCACUAAUGCUUGGUAGUGGUAACAGGGGUGUGUGUUAACCCUUCUUUUAACCCUUCGAUGGUGUGUGUAUAGUUUACGCUAGAUCCAGGCUUGAGAGAACACGAGUGUACGUAGCUCGGUAGCCUCUAUAACCGAUUUAAUUUAACGUUAUGAUUGUGUAAAUUAUAUAAUAACAUAUUAGCUAAUAGCUAUCAUAUUUUUUCACUCAAAGGUUUAAUACAGCGACAGUAGAUGUCCAACAGUAGGUUACUGCUAGAAAGCGUAUAGGCUGGUGUUAAAAAAAACCAUCGUGCAUGUUUUAUAGUUUGGAUAUAUCUGAACUGCAAAUAUUUCAGCAGAUAUAGUCGGAACUAUUCUAUAAUAAUGGUUUCACAGCUCCUAAUAUAUGCAUGGUUUAUAAGAGUCAUUCAUGAAUAAUACAAAGUAAAAUUAGUACUGUUCGUAAACACUUGAUUAUUUUGAAGGCAUCUCUGCUAAAAGAAGUGUGACAAAGUGUUAAACAGCUGCAGGGUGCCACGGGUCUGCAUAAAUGCUGGUUUCCAACAUGUUUGAUAGCAAGCCUUCAACAUUUUGAUACAGUUACCUUUCCAACGUGGAUGGCUCUCCAAUAGUGCAUUGCGCGUGUAAAGUGAUAUUAUUCCAUGAUGAAUAUUUUAGCAGGUGUAACGAUGUAAUUUAUAAUUGACAGUUUGUAUAUCAAUGGUUUGUAAUUAGGAAUUUCGUCGCAUGACCAGUGUAGAAGCGAACAUAUUCAUGCGGUUGGAAAAUGUAGUUACGAAUAGGAUGUUGAUAAUGUAGAGAAAUUCUAGUCAUUCUGCGCAUUUUAUGGGCUGGGCUGCAAUAUUCAAGUAGAAUUACUAUUAUUAUUUCCAAAGUGGAUCACGGCAUUAGCCGGUGCAUGGAUUCUGGGUUGGCCGUGUCCCAACCUGGGACAUAGCGAUUCAAUCCAGAAUUUUUCGCAGGACGUGUGCUGGUUCCAGUAGAGCGAUUUUCUGCACUUUUGCACUAUUAUUAUUAUUGAUAUCAUUAUUAUCAUCGUAAUUAUUAUUAUUAUCAAGUAGCAAGAAGAAAACGACAGAACACACAUGUAACCAUAUAGGCACAGAUGGGUAAACAUACUCGGAAUGUUUAGCGACUAUAUUAUACGUUGUUGUAGAUGCUUUACGAUAUGGCAGCAGCUGUAUCUAGCAAUCCGAUGUAAUCUGUAAAUAUACCUGUAAGGUCACGAAGCUUUAGCUACAAUUAAUUUUACAUCUGUUUACAUGCGGUUCAUGUUGGAAGCAAUAUGUACAGCCGUGCAAGUUUUAAUUUUAACAUUUGAGCCCGUUCAAAACCCGACAAGCAAUGAAAUGUAGUUAAAUGAUUCCUUAGUAAGGUGGAAAGAAAUAUAAUUUUGUAUAUCGUAGAUUUAGAUUGUUACAUUUUAGCUUAUGUGCUAAAUUUUUACGUGCUUUAACGAAUCUGAUGUGCAUAACUAAAGUUACCAGACAGGCUCCACAUCAGACCUACAGCCAUGAACAUAUUUAGCAUUUCGUUUUUCGAGCAAGUAGUUUCAAACAUUCACGUAGAAGUAUUAUGUUCAUAUGUCAGCUACAUAGCAUAUCGCCCCUGCUGUUCCCAGCUGUAUGCAUGGUGCCCAGUGUAGUGACACCUCGCCAAAAGAUACGCGUGUAGACAAAGAAACCUAGAAGCGUUUUACCAUCUCUAGGACACGCGUAUUUACCGUGCAGUUAAGCAAAGAAUGACCGUUUCGCCUACUUAAUGCGGGUUUUAGCUUCUUAAACAAUGAACCGAGUGCAGCCAACAUGUGAUGAACAAGUAACGUCUUGGGUUUAGCAAGGGGUGCUAUAUAUAAGAUCUCCACUAAACUACUUAAUAUUAGCGAUGACUUUUAUAAAUGUAACUGAUGGGUUCAUUUACCAAUAGCAGUGUGCAUAUUGAUGUACUGUACACCAACCUGGUGACCACGUGUGUAAUGGCGCCGCAAGAGACAAAAGUUGAUACAAAUAACAAAAUAAAAAAACAUUUGUGUAAACAUAACGACGUUGAGAAUUGGUCGUGUAAUUUUAUUGCCGUGUAAAGGUUGCACGUAGGUACAGGGCAACAUGGACGGAUGCGGAUUGUAUCUCAACAGCUACGAAAAUAUUGCUAUAAUCAAAAUAGAAGUGCUUACGUGUAAUUGCGUCCGCACACUAAUUCUCAUCCUAAAUCUAACCCAUUGCCGCGCUCCUAACGACUUUCAGAAAGCUGAUUCUCUCUUUCUCCCCCUCUCUCUCUC